AUGAAGAACAUUCGACGAUCGCUCAACAAGGAGCGCAUCGGGGCACCAACACCGACCUACUCGUCGCUGCCGACCGCGAGCUUCCCUGCUUCCGGUCCAGCCGCGGUCGCGGUCGUUAGAGGUGGCGCAUCGUCACCAGCACCCGCUGCGAACGCGACCACCCCGGCCGUAGCCCCGACACCUCCAAAGCGAGUCAUCCGCGCCGUCGAGUCGUACCGGGCAAGGUCAUCACAGGAACUCUCGUUCGAAGCUGGCGACUUCUUUCACGUCGUGAGCGACGAAGGCGGCGACGAAUGGUUCGACGCCGCGAACCCGCUCACAGGGGCUAGAGGGCUCGUCCCGGCGUCGCACUUCCAGGUCCUCGGUAGGAACGUCAGGGAGAACGCCACACCGGGGCAUCAGGUCAAAAAAUCGGGUUCGGGGUCCAACUCGGGGUCGGGGUCGUCGUUCUCGAACGGACCGCCGCUGCCGGCUUCGACGAGUGGCUCGUAUUCGUCCUCGUCGCAACCGGGGUCAUCGAGAGUCAUGAGCGUCAACAACGGCUACGUCGCCAGUCCGGUAUCAACCUCGCAUAUGUCUGCAUCUGCUUCGGCCCCACCGCAGCAACAGCCGCAGCACCAGCAACUACAGCAGCAGCAGCAGCAGCGUUCGUCAGGGUCAGCUCGGCCCCCUUCGCAACCGGCCCCCAAGCAGCAACCCUUGUACGGCAUCGUGCAAUACGACUUUGUCGCCGAACGAGCCGACGAGCUCGAUGCCAAGCGCGGUGAACCCAUCAUCGUGAUCGCGCAAUCGAACCACGAAUGGUUCGUCGCCAAGCCGAUCGGUCGCCUCGGUGGACCGGGCCUGAUCCCCGUCGCCUUCGUCGAGAUCCAGGACAUGACGACGGGCAAACCGGUCGAGAAUGUCGAGGAGCUGAUCCGGAGUGCGGUCGUGCCCAAAGUCGAGGAAUGGAAAAAGAUGACGGCCGAUUACAAGAGCGCGUCGAUCCCGCUCGGUCGAUUCGACUUCGGUGGUAGCAAUGGAGGGGAUAAUUCGGUGCAGUCUUCGGCUGCACCUAGCCCUGCACCGAAUGCAGCAAGCUUUGAAGGGACUUCGCAAGCUGGUGCUUCGUCUUCGAGAGCGUACGAGGAAUCCGACAAUCGGACGCCGCAACAUGCGCACCAGCAGAGGUUCCAGGAAGAUCCGGCACCGCAAAAGGCCGAGACAGGGUACGAAGGCGAUGAGCGGCGAUACUCAUAUACAAAGGAACGAAAGCAGUACGGUCUCGUCACUUCGGCCUCGGUCGAAUCUUUCCACCAGGAAGAAGGGUCGUUCUGGUUCCACCUGCGCGUCUUCUUCUCGACAGGCGCAUCGCUCGUUCUCUACCGCCUUUACCAGGACUUUUACGACUUCCAGAUCGCCCUCAUGGACGAGUUCCCCGUCGAAGCAGGUCGCGUACCUGCACCUGGAGACCCUUCAGGACGUUUGGCCGAACGAAUCUUGCCGAUGAUGCCCGGCCCUACUGAUUACGAGGAUGAAGUCGUGUGCGCGCAACGCGUUCACGACCUCAGCGUUUACCUCCACGACCUAUGCCAACUCCCGGGCCAUAUCCGCACGAGUGGUUUGAUGUACGAGUUCUUGGUCCCGAGGGCCGGGGACGUGGAAGUCUCGGCUGGGAAUGGGAGGGGGAACGAACCCGGGGGUGGGGCGUCCAAUUCGAUCGAAGGACAAUACGGCGAGUUGGUCGAGUACCUCGACCAGAUGGAUGGUGGGGCCGCACCGAAUGGAUCCGCGGGGCUCAAGAGAUCCGGGGUGGAGAGUGAUUUGGCGAGGUUGGAUUUGAAUGGCGCGCAGAAUGAACCAAGGUCACAUUCGAGUAGGUCCAAUAGGUCCUCCGGUAGUCGUGAGUCGAUCGGAAAUUGCUGUGGGGGCACGCGCUGGUGCUCUCUUUACUGACCUGGAUUUCUUGAGUAGAACAAGCCUCUUUCCAACAAGCCUAUUACACCAACUCCUCCUCGCAACCGCCCGCAUCACCUCUCGCCAACGCGUCCUCCCUCGCACCUCAUUUGGCCCCCAUGGGCAACGCCCAUCAAGGCGCCGCCUUUAUCAAGAUCAAGAUCUUCCACCGCAACACCGACGACCUCAUUGCGAUACGAGUACCCCCGACCGUGACGCACGGCGCCCUGCUCGACAAAGUGCGCGAACGUCUCGGCAACGAUGUCGUCAACUUGCGGUAUCGUGAGGAGGUCGGUUCGGAAACGUCCAGUCCCGUCCCUGGCGCUGUCGUCAUGGCUGGUGGUGCGAGGUUGGUCGGGUUGGAGACUGAUGACGAAUUGGAGCGAUGGGUGCGGAGUGGGAGUCGGUUGGUUUUGGUCAGUUCGCUCUCCAUCUUCAUGAUCUACCACCGCAAGAGCUAUAUGCUGACUGCGACAUCUUUUUUACAGUACGCGGAUUAG